AUGGCAGCCGACUCACUCCCAAGCUCAAACUCAAAGACACUGUCAUCCAAGAGUCAUGGAGGAUCAUCACGAUCCAGCUCCUCCGCAUCAAACCGCUGCUCGAGCUGUAGCUUCCGGUCCGGAUCUCCACUUCCGGGACGCCCCGCAUCCGGAGACCGUGACAAGAACGAUCUCAAACACUUUCAUCUCUCGAGCCCAGCUACGGGUGUCGUCAAUGGAAAUGACCCCCUGGCAGCCGAAAUUGGUGCUCAAUGGGAAGAUGGCCACAGACUUGGCCCUCAAUUGGCCCAUGGUCUGCCCAACUUGUCGAAAUUGAACUGA